AUGGCUGUGAUGAAUAAAACUACCGCGCUAUGGACGGUGAAACAGCGGUUCAGCACCCUGGACGCCAUGAGGCAUGGCCUAUGGAAGAAGAGGCUGCCGCUGCCGGACGUUGCUUUCCCCCGCAAGCAGGCACCGCUGUUGAUGUUCGUACAUAAGUGGCACGCCCCCGGGACGCCGGCAAUGCCCGCCGAGGAGAUGGAAGAGAGGAGGGAGGGACUGCAGGCGUACCUGUCGGAGCUGUCGGGGCUCAAGGACUCCUGGCGGUCCGACGUCGUUACCGAGGUGCUCUGCUUGGCGGAGGACGACGCCACCUCCCCUUCUGCAUCUCCCGCCGCCGACCAGGUGCAAGAAGAGUCGUUCGCAAGAAGCUGUCAGGCAAACGAGGCUCAAACCCCGUCGUCUUCGGCCCCCCCGCCGCCCGUGACGAACGCCGCGUCGUGGGUCGAUCAGCAGACCCCGGCGACGGCGCUGACGGACUUCGCCGCCACACCGGACGAGGCGCCGCACCGCACCCCGCGAAGCCCGCCGCCGCCGCCGCCGCCUCCGGUCUCGGCUCUGUCGUCGUCGUCGUCGUCGUCGUCGAAGUUGACCCCCCCAUCGUUGUCGUUGUCAUCGCCGAAGCCGACCGCGGAGGCCGCCGCCGUCGCCGCCGGGGCCCCGACGCCCAGCACCGCCGCUCCGGGUGGUGGUGCGGUGUCGGCGUCUGACUCUCCCGACGCCGCCGCUGGGUCGGUCUUGUUAGAGGAAACAAGAGAUGCCGACGUUGGCGAGGGCAACGCGGCGGCGGCGGCGGCGAUGGGUGCACCUGCCGCUGCUGCUGCUGCAGCGCCGGAGGACUCCACGCCAGCGGCGUCGAUCAGCUGCGAAGAGAAAGGUCAAGAGCCGACGGCGUUCCUCUCCCCGCCGGAGGGGCCAGCGGACGCCGCCGCCGAUGCGGCCGCUGUCGCAGACGGCCCCGCCGCGUCGCUCCAGCGGACUGAACCGCGGCUGCUGACGCGGCGGGUCAGGGAGCUUGCACGGAAGAGACUGGAACAGCAGUCGCACGCAGCCACGGCGGCGAAGCCGGGUAGUGGUGGCGGUGAUGCCCCUGCCGAUACCGCUGCUGUUGACGCGAUCCACGUUAUUGAUUCUGCCGCCAUAUCCACACCGCCUGUCUCGUUGCCGUCCAGUCCGAUUCCUCCCGCCCUCGUUACCGCCGACGAGCCAGGAGAGGCGGGACGGGUUUCGCAGUCGCACGAUGUGGUGUCGGUGUCGUCGUCUCCCGCGGCGGCGGAGCAAGCGGAGAAGACGAGCGGCGUCCCACCUGCUGCUGCCUUUCCGGGUGGUGCACCUGCUACUGCUGACGCGGUCGCUUCUCCAGCCGGCGAGACGACCGCUGCAGAGGGGGAGAGAAACGCGGGCGGUGGCGAGGAGGAGGAGGACGGAGGAGCAGAGGGUGCCACUACGGUCCAGCAACCCGGCAUACCUUUUACAGUCGAGGAAGGGGAAGCCCAAGAGGCGGCGGGAAGCAGCGGAGCGGGGAAGAAGGAAGGGCGAGAGGCAGCAGCCGAGGGUGGUUUGCCGGAAAGCACGGGGACUCCCGGGGCGGAAGUUCAAACGGGCGACAGCCUCUUGCCGUCGCUGCUGUUGUCUGCGCCAACGGCGGCGGUGACGGCGGCGGUAGUGCUUGCGGCCGAGAUUGCCGCCGAGAGACUGGAGGACGAGGAGAUGCUGGGGCAGCAGACGGAGCCACCCUCGUCCGACCAGACCUUGCCGGCGACCGCACUUGAAACCGCUGGAAUUCAGGAGGGUCAGACGGAGGAAUCGGUAGCUGUGGCUGCCGCACCUGUCGAAGACCAGUCGCUCGCCGAAGACGGCCGAGAGGCCUCCGGAAGCGAGGGAGCUAGCGCGGUGAUUGUGACAGCUACUGGUGGUGAUACGGCCGAGCUUACCGCCAAGGAACCGGAAGAGGGGGAGAGGCUGGGGCAGCAGACGGAGCCACCCUCGUCCGACCAGACCUUGCCGGCGACCGCACUUGAAACCGCUGGAAUUCAGGAGGGUCAGACGGAGGAAUCGGUAGCUGUGGCUGCCGCACCUGUCGAAGACCAGUCGCUCGCCGAAGACGGCCGAGAGGCCUCCGGAAGCGAGGGAGCUAGCGCGGUGAUUGUGACAGCUACUGGUGGUGAUACGGCCGAGCUUACCGCCAAGGAACCGGAAGAGGGGGAGAGGCUGGGGCAGCAGACGGAGCCACCCUCGUCCGACCAGACCUUGCCGGCGACCGCACUUGAAACCGCUGGAAUUCAGGAGGGUCAGACGGAGGAAUCGGUAGCUGUGGCUGCCGCACCUGUCGAAGACCAGUCGCUCGCCGAAGACGGCCGAGAGGCCUCCGGAAGCGAGGGAGCUAGCGCGGUGAUUGUGACAGCUACUGGUGGUGAUACGGCCGAGCUUACCGCCAAGGAACCGGAAGAGGGGGAGAGGCUGGGGCAGCAGACGGAGCCACCCUCGUCCGACCAGACCUUGCCGGCGACCGCACUUGAAACCGCUGGAAUUCAGGAGGGUCAGACGGAGGAAUCGGUAGCUGUGACUGCCGCACCUGUCGAAGACCAGACGCUCGCCGAAGACGGCCGGGAGGCCUCCGGAAGCGAGGGAGCUAGCGCCGUUGUUGCGGCAGCUACUGGUGGUGAUACGGCCGAGCUUACCGCCGAGGAACCGGAGGACGAGGAGAGGCUAGGGCAGCAGACGGAGCCACCCUCAUCCGACCAGACCUUCCCGGCGACCGCACUUCCUGCGACUGAAACCGCUGGAAGUCAGGAGGGUCAGACGGAGGAAUCGGUAGCUGUGACUGCCGCACCUGUCGAAGACCAGACGCUCGCCGAAGACGGCCGGGAGGCCUCCGGAAGCGAGGGAGCUAGCGCCGUUGUUGCGGCAGCUACUGGUGGUGAUACGGCCGAGCUUACCGCCGAGGAACCGGAGGACGAGGAGAGGCUGAGGCAGCAGACGGAGCCACCCUCAUCCGACCAGACCUUACCAGCGACCGCGAUUCCUGCGACUGAAACCGCUGGAAGUCAGGAGGGUCAGACGGAGGAAUCGGUAGCUGUGACUGCCGCACCUGUCGAAGACCAGACGCUCGCCGAAAACGGCCGGGAGGCCUCCGGAAGCGAGGGAGCUAGCGCCGUUGUUGCGGCAGCUACUGGUGGUGAUACGGCCGAGCUUACCGCCGAGGAACCGGAAGAGGGAGAGAGGCUGGGGCAGCAGACGGAGCCACCUUCAUCCGACCAGACCUUGCCAGCGACCGCACUUCCUGCGACUGAAACCGCUGGAAGUCAGGAGGGUCAGGCGGAGGAAUCGGUAGCUGUGGCUGCCGCACCUGUCGAAGACCAGACGCUCGCCGAAGACGGCCGGGAGGCCUCUGGAAGCGAGGGAGCUAGCGCGGUGAUUGUGACAGCUACUGGUGGUGAUACGGCCGAGCUUACCGCCGAGGAACCGGAAGAGGGAGAGAGGCUGGGGCAGCAGACGGAGCCACCCUCAUCCGACCAGACCUUACCGGCGACCGCACUUCCUGCGACUGAAACCGCUGGAAGUCAGGAGGGUCAGACGGAGGAAUCGGUAGCUGUGACUGCCGCACCUGUCGAAGACCAGACGCUCGCCGAAGACGAAGGGGGGGGCUCCGGAAGCGAGGGAGCUAGCGCCGUUGUUGCGGCAGCCACUGGCGGUGGUACCUCACCUGCAGAAGACUACACCGUCGCCCUUACGGCGUUAGACGCGCAAGACCCCUCGGACUCCGGAAGCGAGGAAGAUAGCGCCGAGGUUUCGGCCGCUACCGAUAGCGCGGCACCUGUAGAUGACCGCACCCCGGCCCCGCCCGCUGAAGACGCAGCUGCCGAGAUUCAGAAGGGGCAACCGGCCGAGCGCGCCGCAGCCGAAGACUCCGUCGCCGAUGCUCAGACGUUGUCCAUCCUGGCCGUCGCGGCCGCUGCUGCUGACGCGGCGGUGGAGCAAGAAGGCGGGGAGGAGAGAGAUCGUGGGCACGCGUCCGCGGUGUCUGUGCUGACUCUGUCGUCCGCUACCGAAGACUACACGGAGGAGACCACUCCGAUGCCUGGACUUGCCCCCGCGGCAUAUUAUAUUACCGCCGCUGCUGCUGCUGCUGCUGCUGCUGCUGCUGCUGCUUCUACCGCCACUAGUGCUGAAGCUGUGCCCGCGAAGGGCGAGAGUCGAGAGGCGAACGUGUUUUGCGCGGAUGGUGCGGCUGCUGCGCCUGGCGAGCUUGCCGGCCACACGGUGGACGCUCAUCCUCCUACUAGCUUGCCCACACCCACCACGACAACCAAAGGCCGAGCUUCCUUGUUGAACAGGGCGAGGCGGUCACUGUCGAGCAAGAAGACCACCGCCGAUACCAAGCAGAAGGAUGCCGCCGCCGCCGCCGCCGCCGCUGCUGCUGGUGGAGGAGUAAACCCAGCUCAAGACCUCUCUCAAGAAGAAGACGCCGCCGCCGCCCCCUCGAAGCCACUGUCUCUCUCGUCAACGGCCACCCCCACGGCCGCUGGUCCUAGCGCCUUCACCCCGCGCACGACGAGCAGGCUGGCAUCGUUGCGCAACAAGGCCCGCGGGUGGCGAAAGUCCCGGGGGAGCGGCGGCGGCGGCGGCGGCGGCGGCCGCGACUCCGAGGGAAGCGGGCCCUUGUCCGGUGGCCGCGCUGGUGGCAGCAGCGGCAGUGGCAGCGGACCGCUUUCGGGGCGCAGGAGCUUGGGAGCAGUGGCUCGCAGGAGGACCGUCAGCGGGCCGCUGUCCUUGUCCUCGGCGCGGAGCGGCAAGGGCGGCUCGAAGGGCUUCUUCUCCAUGUCAAAGAGCCCGGAGGCCGCUGCGGGGGACUUCGACGGCCACAAGGGGGAAGAGGGUCUUCCUGCCCCUGGGGAGGGGGGGAGCGGCGGCGGCGGCGGCGGCGUCUCUCCGGGAGGUCUCGCGCCCGCGAGCGGGUCGGCGACGGAAAACCCCGCGCAGAUCGACAGUGACGACGGCGCGCUCGCGCCCGUCGGCGCCGAAGAUGUCCCGGCCGCCGCUGGUGGUGGCGGUGGCUUCGAUGGCUUUGCUGUCCCGCCUAGCCCAAGCGAGGGGUAGAGAAAGACAAAUCACGCGCGCACAUCUAUCUAUCUUCUACCAACUGCAACAGCUUGCAGUUCGUUGUGCAUGUACGUCGCCGUUCUCUCUUGCGCUUGUGCCCCCUUCAUUGGUGUGUAUUUACGCGGGUUCGCGCUUUUCUAAUGUCGAAGGAGCCGAUUUGUACGAGGAUGCACGCACAAGUACUGGACUGUGGUGCAGUCUUUUUUUGUGUUAGAUGGAAUAACCAUACCUUCUAUCUCCAGUCCUUGGUUGUUGUUUGACGACGGUCAGACGCACGUGGUGCGCUCAUCGUAUGUAUCUGGGUGUCGUAUUUGCAUCCGAGUCUAGUUUUUCUGUCUUCCGUGUCUGGCGCCCUCGUAUCAUUACAACAUAUUUGAAGCUACCACUCUGAAGGGCCGUGAAGAGUUGUGCUUUGUUUCUGUUAUUUGUUUUCUGUGCCAAUGUCGUCCUCUGUUUCUCCCCUCUCGUCAUUUCACGGCGCGUGUCAUGCCAACUACAUCGUAGAGCCAUGUCACCUCUGUUGUUAAGGUGUUGUAUGUGUAGUUGCAUGUCGUAGGUUGGAGCAGUCGUCGUCCGCUCAGGGGCCAUUUCGCCCCUAAAAGAGGGAGGUCGGGCCCGUACGUGUUCGCGACGUGCGGUGAGCUCUUGUUAAAUUCCACGUGUGCUUUGUUUGUCAGCAUAACGCGCGCGUUCACCCUCCCGUGUGUAUGGCCCUCGUCAUCGCGGACGUGGCUCUUUUAGUAUUGCACCGGUACGGAAAUAUACCGCAUUUUCGGCCUGUGCACUGAUACGAUUUCUGCUCCUGAUGAAUGCUAACGGGCGGUUGUGUUCCUUUUUGCAUUGGGGUGGGGCGGGGCUUAUGAAGUCCUAGUCAUACCUCCCCGCCUCCUCUUUUCUUUGUUUUGUGCGUGUGGAACACGUGGGAGUUAAUGCGGCCGCCGUGGCAACGGAUUAGGAUGUGUUGUUCCUUUAUUUAGAUAGCGCGCGUGCAGUCGUGCAUGACAUUCUUUUUCCGUGUGCGUGUGUUUCUGUGUCUUGUGUUUUUUGCUGCUUCAGAAAUCAUCGUUAGCAUCGAUCGCCAGCCGGCUGACAAUUAUAAAUACGCCAGGCUUCCUGCGGUUGAAGAAACGAAAAACCCCUCUACAGUCCAUGAGUUGGGACCCCGUGAGCGCGGGGGGGGCUAGGCUUUUCUCCGGGUUUGAGAUAGAAACGGUAGGAGCUGAACACAAUUUCACUUGUUAACCUCACAGAGUUUUUUUUGGUGUAGAGUUUAAUCUUUUGGGGCUCUCCUUGUGUGGUUGCCUGUUCCAUCCUUCCCGUGUUCACUGCUCUCCGCAUCUAUCUGUUGGUACCCUUUCGGUUUACUCUCUGGAAGCAAGAGUCGGGGCUGCGCACGCCUUCUUUUGUUUCGUCCUGCGGCGACGGGCGGUGGGCGAGGUUCCUUCCCUGCCCUCUCUCAUCGUCCGCUGUGCUAGAUUUUUUGCGCUUUUGCGCCCACACGGGCGGCAGCCAGCCUCCCCUUCGUCCCAGCCUCCUCUCAACGGUCAAACGAAAUAUACCGUGCCAAGAGCUGGCGUGUAGAUGCGACUCCGGCAGACAACCGGUCGGUGUGAAUAUGAUUACGGGUUCAUCGCCGGUGGAGCCCGCCUUGAGGUUGUUAGGUCGUAGGGUUGGGUGGAACUGGUCGAAGAAGGGUGGUACCGCGUAGGAUAUUCGCGCGCGAGGGUUGGGCAACCACAGGAUAAUUAGUCUGGGUUUAUGGAGGGUUCUUGAUCGGCUACAAGGAGUAAUGAGGCGGGUUGUGGAGUGUUCUUGAUCGGCCACGGAGCAACAAGACUGGUAUGGGGGGUUCUUGAUCGACUACGGGUAUUCGACGGAAAUAUGGGUUGUCGACGGAUAUCAAUCAUGUACGGGGAGUAUUAGCACUUCAUGGUAUCCCCUCUUUGGGUGGGCAAUUUCGAAUGAUCGGGAACUGACAAGUUCUUCUCAUCUUGCAAGUGAAUAAAUACCAUCCUGACGAUGUUUUCGCUGUUUCGCGGGGUUUCUUUUGCGUGGCUUUUGCUCGCACGCAAAUUUAAUGCGGUGUGCCAUUUCGAAUGAGCGACUGAAUUCUCGAACAUCCUUUUCCGUUGGUGACCAACAUCUUUAAGGAGCGAUUUUCAAUCCCCCGGAGAAUGUAUUGCGCCGGGUUUCUUCAAGAGGAACGGUCAAGAGGGCGAAGGAUCAUGUUGCGUAGUGGAUGCCUCAUGUCACGAUCACACACGGGUUUCUUGAGGGUGACCAAGGAACAUAGCGAUUGGUCAUCCGAGGGCAAGGGGGGGAAGUGAACUUGAAG